AUGGGCGCUUGGGAUCACCGUGCGUUCCGCGGAACUGUGCCCACCAAGCGGGAGUGGAUCGAGCUGCCGCAGAACAAGGGCAUCCAGCGGGUCCGCCAGAUCACGGAGCGCCGCGUGGAGGCGCUGCUGGACGAGAUGGACCUGCAGAGGCGCACGAUGCAGAUCAUGCUGGACCGGGGGCUCGACGCCUACACGCGGGCCGUGGAGGGCAAGCAGCCGGGCGAGGGCUGGAAGACGCUGAUCAAGCUCAUCGAGGAUUACGAGGACAUGCUCCGGCAGGCCAAGAGGGAGCUCCAGCUCCAGGAGGCCCUGAAGGAGCGGCAGGCGCAGCUGAAGGCGCUGGAGCGGGAGCCGGAGUGGUUCAACUACCUGGCCGCCUUCGUAGCCGCCGUGGUCUCGACGUUGGUGGUGCACCCGGUCGACACCAUCAAGACGCGCUUGAUCGCAGCCAGGGACACGGAGGAGAGCGGGAAGGGCGCCGAGGCGGAGCCCACUGACCUCCUAGGCAACGUCCAGGACUUGUACAAGGGAGUGGUGGGCAACAUCCUGAAGGAGGGGCCGAGCUCCGCGCUGUACCUCGGCGUGUACGAGACCGCCAAGUCCCGGCUGCUCCUCACGUCGCUCGGCUCGACCCCCCUGGCGGUCUACCUGCUGUCCGGGGCCGUCGGCGAGUUCUGCGGCUCGAUCGUGCGGGCGCCCAUGGAGGCCGUCAAGUCUCGCGUCCAGACGGGGAUGGACGCCUCCACGCUGGAGUCAGCGCAGAUCGUGGUGGGCACCGAGGCCGGCAGGUCCAAGGUCGUGGCGGCCUGGAGCGCCUCGCUCUGGCGCGACAUCCCCUUCGGGGCGGUGCAGCUCGCCGUCUUCGAGACCCUCAAGACGUUCAUCGUCGAGUCGCCGGACGUGCAGCUGGACGUCGACAGCCUGCCGGUCGAGGCGCUGCUGGGCGCGAUCGGCGGGGUGGCGGGCAGCUUCAUCAGCGUGCCGUUCGACGUCGUGACGACGCGGAUCAUCACGCAGAAUUGCCCGGAGGGCGAGGAGCGCCCAAGGCCUUCGGCGAGAUGGUGGGCGUGGUCUGGGAGGAGCAGGGGCUGCAGGGCUUCUUCGCGGGCUGGAAAGAGCGCGUGCUGUACUGGGGGCCCUGCGUCAGCAUCUUCCUGA